GACGAUUUCGACUACUACGGAGCCGCGGAUCUAGAGCUGCCGAGCUUGCCCUCCGCGCUGUCGGUGCGGCCGGCGCGGGGCGAGCCAGCGGCGGAGAUGGCCGCCGUGGGCGGCGCGGGCGCGAAGGCGUGGAUCGGCGUCCGGAUCGCUGGCGGGUUCGUGGCGCCCCUGCUGCAGGUGGUGCGCGGCGGCGGCGGCAG